AACCACCGGAGCUCAACUGAGACACCAAAGCCCCUCAUCUCCUCUGAUUCUGAACUGCUCCACCUCCCCAAUCUUCAUCAUGUCGACGGCGGCUGCAUCCCGGCCCAGCGGCCCUGUGCUUCUGAGCCCCUUUCCCAACUACCAAUCCGCCUCGCUCUCCCGUGUCAAGCUCUCGGUCGCCGGCUCGCCGGCCAAGUCCUUCAGCGUCUCGUCUCCCCCCUCCUCCCCCACCGCAGCCCCCAAGAUCCGUCGGUCCUGCAUGUGCUCCCCGACGAACCACCCCGGCUUGUUCCGCUGCAGCCUCCACAAGGAGCGAAAGCAGGAGGCCCCGGCCGCCGGCAGCUGCAGCAAGCACACGGCCAGUACGUGCGCGCAGCUCGUCCCAAGCGGCAGCGGCAGCGGCUGCUCUAAACGCUCGUACAGCGGACUGGCGCAGCGCAUCCCCAUGGGGAGCGGGCACUGGGCACGCAAGGCGCUCGUGCCAUCCCACGCGGUGCAGCAGCUGCAGCACCGGAAGCGAGUGGUGGAGCGGUUCCACGCCGGGGCUAGCCGGCUCUCCGUCGCCUCCAUGGCCGGCCGCAGCAACCAGUAAAAACAACAACAUCGUCGACAUGCCAUAGCAGCAAGAUACCAGUACAUAAUGAACAUACUGCACAUAGGAAAGAAAUUCCCCGAAUAAUUCCGUUCGAUGUAUAGAAGGAAGAUAGGUGGGGGAUUAGGCCGGCCCAGAAGAUUAGAGUUUUAAGACCCAAUUCGAUUCCAGGCUGGUCAAUUAGCUAGCUAUAGUAAAUACUGUACAUACAGUGAGCCACCUCUUCUCCGUUCCCCUGCACAUAGAGUGAGUUCGUCGUCUCUGCUCCACUUGUACAUAGAGUGAGCUCGCGUCCUCUCUGCCCGCUGUGUAUAACUCCCUGAGUUUGGUUUUGGAUAUACAUCAAUGCAACGAGUGACAAAUUGGAGACAAAUACAUGCAUCUGAUCUGUUCCGUGACGGGAGGAUUAUCCAUCCGUGGAUCAUGCUUCUGUUUCUCUUUCUGUUCUGGAGUGUGGAUGUGUCUCGCCCCUGUUUCGGUUUCAGAUAACCUCCGCAAGAAUCCCCAAUUUCUGAAGAAAUUUCGGUCAGAGUUUCACGGCGCGCUCAACUGAUGAACUGAGGAUUUUUCUUCGUCCUAGUCAUGAUAUUUUAAGUACUGUAUAGUAUUAUUAACCGUGGUA